CUAAUUCUCGGCCUCUCGUCUCCUCUCUCUCUCUCGAUCGGCAGAUCCCCAACCCCCCUACUGCCGAUCCUCUCUCCCUCUCUCUCGGCAGUCAUGGUCGACGCCAACUCCGCCUCCUCCGGCAAGGUGAUCUCAACCUCUGAUAACUCCUCUUCCAACAACUCCCCCCAUCUCGCCUUCACAACUAUAUCCAACAUCAAACUCCAUAUUCCUGUUCAACUCAGUCUCUCAGAACCAAACUACAAAAAGUGGAGUCGAUUAUUUCGUCUUUUGAUCCUCCGGUUCAACCUCAAAGGCUACAUCGACGGCACAACCAUCGCAUCCUCCGCGGACAAUGCCGAAUGGUAUCAAUUUGAUGCUCUCAUCCAAGGAUGGAUCCUGUCUGCGAUCACGGAUGAAGUCUCCGACCUUGUGCUCGCCAACAAUCUCUCCGCUCAUGCACUAUGGAUGGCAAUUUACAAUCUUUUUCACGACAACAAGCAUGCCCGGGCGAUGCAACUGAGCACCGAUUCCGUACAACCGUGAAGGGCCACCUCUCCAUCAACGAAUAUUGUCGUCUUCUCAAGAAUCUCUCCGAGUAUCUCG